AACCUGCUGAGUGGUGUGCGCAUGCGACGACCCGGUGGCCAUCUUUACUGUGGGCCGAAGCCAACUGUGCCCGAGCCUACCUGCGCAUGUGCAAUCUUCCCCUCGCUUUCCUUUUCCAAGUAGCUUUGGCUAGAGCGGAGCCUUCCGCGCCAUCUCUAUGCGCCUGCGUACUGUGACCCUGCGCAGCCCGGGAGGCGGGUCUUAGCUCCAGGGCCCCUCCCCUAGUAGCCUAUGUCCCUUGUUCGGGGUCAUGGAGACAUUUCGGCCACCACGGCGGCGCCUCUGUCUGAAGAAGGGGAAGUGACCUCUGGCCUCCAAGCUCUGGCCGUGGAGGAUACCGGAGGCCCCUCUGCUUCGGCCAAUAAAGCCGAAGAAGAGGGGGAAGGAAGCCGGGAGGAGACCGAGCAUGAGGGGUCUGGGGCUGAGGAGGUGCAGGGAGAAGCCCCCAGUGCUGAAGGGGAAGAGCAUGCCACGGGAGAAUCCGAAGACUGGUGCGUGCCCUGCAGUGAUGAGGAGGUGGAGCUGCCGGCGGAUGGGCAGGCCUGGAUGCCUCCUCCCUCCGAAAUCCAGCGGCUCUAUGAACUUCUGGCUGCCCACGGUACCCUGGAGCUUCGGGCUGAGAUCCUGCCCCGCCGGCCACCCACGCCUGAGGCCCAGAGUGAAGAGGAGAGAUCCGAUGAGGAGCCUGAGCCCAAAGAGGAGGAAGAGGAAAAACCGCACAUGCCUACAGAAUUUGACUUUGACGAUGAGCCAAUGACACCAAAGGACUCCCUGAUUGACCGGAGACGCACCCCAGGGAGCUCCGCCCGGAGCCAGAAACGGGAGGCUCGCUUGGACAAGGUCCUCUCAGACAUGAAGCGACACAAGAAACUAGAGGAGCAGAUCCUUCGCACUGGCAGGGACCUCUUCAGCCUGGACUCAGAGGACCCCAGCCCCACCAGUCCCCCUCUCCGGUCCUCAGGAAGUACUCUCUUCCCCCGGCAGCGGAAAUACUGACUGCUGCUGCAGCUGUCGCCUUUAGGAUGCAGGGUGUAUGCCUGCGGGAACCUGGGCCCUCCUUCCCUCACCCAGGGGGCUGGGGAAGAGGAGAGACUCCCAAGCUCCUAACACCGCACCUUGCCAGGCGGAGGACGUGUGUGUAUUUGUUUUCUGUUGAACAUCUCUUUGGAGAACCGGCGCUGAAUUUUCUGAGUCUAAAAUAAAAACAACAAUAUUA